AUGGCACAGCAUAGCAUUGUCCUUGGAUUAUUCAUAAUGACUGUUUUGUCAAUGCUGGAUGGAAGUUCAGCUUUCCUGUUAAAUCAGCGUCUGAAAGGAAGAUUUCAAAGGGACCGCAGAAACAUCCGUCCAAACAUCAUUCUUGUUCUUACUGAUGAUCAGGAUGUAGAACUUGGUUCUAUGCAAGUGAUGAAUAAGACACGGCGAAUCAUGGAACAGGGUGGUGCUCACUUCAUCAAUGCGUUUGUGACAACACCAAUGUGCUGUCCGUCCCGCUCCUCUAUUCUCACGGGGAAAUAUGUUCACAACCACAACACCUACACCAACAAUGAGAACUGCUCUUCUCCAUCCUGGCAAGCUCAGCAUGAAAUACGUACAUUUGCAAUCUACCUGAAUAACACAGGAUACAGGACAGCUUUCUUUGGGAAGUACCUUAAUGAAUAUAACGGUUCCUAUGUGCCUCCAGGCUGGAAAGAAUGGGUUGGAUUACUUAAAAACUCUCGCUUUUACAACUACACACUCUGUAGAAAUGGCGUGAAGGAGAAGCAUGGAUUUGACUACUCUAGGGAUUAUCUGACUGACCUGAUCACCAAUGACAGUAUCAGCUUCUUCAGAAUCUCAAAGAAGAUGUAUCCCCAUAGGCCAGUAUUGAUGGUUCUCAGCCACGCUGCUCCUCAUGGUCCUGAAGAUUCAGCUCCUCAGUAUUCACAUCUCUUUCCCAACGCUUCACAACACAUCACUCCCAGUUAUAACUAUGCUCCCAACCCAGACAAGCACUGGAUCAUGAGGUAUACUGGUCCCAUGAAACCUAUUCACAUGGAGUUCACCAACAUGCUACAGAGAAAGCGCCUUCAGACACUCAUGUCUGUGGAUGACUCUAUGGAGAUGAUUUAUAAUACAUUGGUUGAAACAGGUGAACUGGACAAUACCUAUAUAAUAUAUACAGCAGAUCAUGGCUAUCAUAUUGGGCAGUUUGGACUGGUGAAAGGGAAGUCCAUGCCUUAUGAGUUUGAUAUCAGAGUUCCAUUUUAUGUGCGAGGUCCGAAUGUGGAGGCCGGGUCAUUGAAUCCUCACAUUGUGUUGAACAUUGAUCUGGCUCCUACAAUUCUAGAUAUUGCAGGGUUGGACAUUCCACCUGACAUGGAUGGUAAAUCCAUUCUAAAACUGCUGGAUUCUGAGAGACCAGUUAAUAGGUUCCAUUUGAAAAAAAAGAUGAAAGUGUGGAGAGACUCCUUCCUUGUGGAGAGAGGUAAACUACUGCAUAAGAGAGAGAAUGAGAAGGUGGAUGCUCAGGAAGAAAAUUUCCUGCCAAAAUACCAGCGUGUGAAGGAUCUCUGCCAGCGAGCCGAGUAUCAAACUGCCUGUGAACAGCUUGGGCAGAAAUGGCAGUGCAUAGAAGAUGCCAGUGGGAAGCUCAAGCUGCACAAGUGCAAAGGGAUGGCUCACCUGGCAGCCGCUAGCAGCAGCAAGGGCCUCUCCAAUCUCAUGUCCAAAUAUUACAGCAGGAAAAGCGACGACUGCAACUGCGAGGAAAACGAAUACAAGCUGAGCUCUGUGGGACAGAGAAAGAAACUCUUUUCCAAGAAACAGUACAAGCCCAGCUACGUCCGGAAUCGCUCCAUUCGCUCUGUGUCCAUUGAGCUGGAUGGAGAAGUUUAUAAUUUGGGCUUAGAGGAUGGUUACCAACCUGUCCUACCACGGAAUAUCACCAAAAGACACAAGGCAGAGGGGGACGGUGCGGCAGGAGAGGAGGAUAAGGACCUCGGGGAAUACAGUGGCACGGGCGGCAUCACAGAGUAUAUGGCCCCUAAUUUAAUCCAAGUGACACACAGAUGCUACAUCUUGGAGAAUGAUACAGUUCAAUGUGACACAGAUCUGUACAAGUCACUGCAGGCUUGGAAGGAUCAUAAACUUCAUAUUGACCAUGAGAUUGAAACACUGCAAAAUAAAAUAAAAAACUUAAGGGAGGUCAGAGGUCAUCUAAAGAAGAAGCGACCAGAGGAAUGUGAUUGUAACAAGAUAAGUUACCACUCCAAACACAAGGGCAAACUGAGGCACAAAGGAUCUAGUCUCCAUCCUUUCAAGAAGGCCCUGCAGGAAAAGGACAAGCUGUGGCUGCUGAGAGAACAAAGGCGAAAGAAGAAGCUGCGCAAACUGCUGAAGAGAAUAAAAAACAAUGAUACAUGCAGCAUGCCUGGCCUCACCUGCUUCACACAUGACAACCAGCACUGGCAAACUGCCCCCUUAUGGACAUUGGGCCCUUUCUGCGCCUGUACCAGUGCCAACAACAACACAUACUGGUGUAUGAGGACAAUCAAUGAGACCCACAAUUUCCUGUUUUGUGAAUUUGCUACUGGUUUCCUGGAGUAUUUUGAUCUCAACACUGACCCAUAUCAGUUGAUUAAUGCAGUGAACACACUAGAUAGAGACAUUCUCAAUCAACUGCACAUCCAACUCAUGGAAUUAAGAAGCUGCAAAGGAUAUAAACAAUGCAACCCGAGAACUAGAAACAUGGAUCUGGGACUUAAAGAUGGAAGCUAUGAGCAGUUCAGGCAGUUUCAGCGUCGAAGGUGGCCAGAAAUGAAGAGACCUUCAUCUUCCAAGUCGCUAGGACAACUGUGGGAAGGAUGGGAAGGCUAACCUCCUGCAACUGCUGGACCUCAAUGAGGAUACAAACCGGCCAGAACUUGAAUCCUGUACAGACUUAACAAAAAUGUGUAUGAUUUCAGAAAGAAUUAUGUUAGCCUGGAGGACUGGAUGAACUUUUGAGGUUGAAGUAGAUAGAAUGUUUGCACUGUUGAGUGAAUUAAAUAGAUAGUGAAGUUUGGGGGACCGUCAUGACUAUAUAGUUCCCUUCUUGAAAUCCACUAUUGCACCUGCUUUUGCUUUGGAUUAUACUUCACAAAGUCACCACUAACACUGUGCAAGGAAUUGAUGGAAAAGAAAGAUAAGGCUACCACAUGAGUUAAUUAACUCUUCGAAGCUCAGAGCACCCACAAAAUUAUUUCAGUGGAAACAAAUUAAAAUCUUCUUAGCUACACUGUCAAAUGUUAUUGAAGUAGAUGCAAAGCUAAGUUUAACUGAAAAGCAUGAUUUAAACAAUGUGGACAUUUCUAGGGCAAAUUAAAUGAGGACAGUGGUAGAAAAAUGUUAUGUAGAGAUUCAGGAAUUCGAACAAACAGCACUGAAGAAGCAGCAGCUGAAAAUGCUCUCCAGCACAAUAUUUCAAGUUUCCUUUAAGGAUAUAAUUUCUGUUCACUAUCUACAUGGACACCUUAUUACCAGCUGUAAGAAAAUCUCUUGAGUAAUAAAGCCAGAUUGAUGAAUGGUUCUGUAAAUACUUAUUAAUGUCUCAUUCAAAAGAAAUUCUUUCAAGUUGUGAAGAAUUCUAUUAAUAAAAAAGUGGAAUGCCCAACUAUUGUUUCUCAAAAUGGUACCUUGUUACUUAAACAUUACAUAAGUUUCAGAAUUUAAUCCAUUUUUAAAAGCUCUGCAAAAUUGCAGUUAAUGUAUGUCUUGAAUUUUAAUGAAAUCAGAUUUGUAUAAAGUCUUUUUAUGUGGUAAGAUUAUAUUGUAUGUUCAAAAUCAAAACAAUUUGUUUGAGAAAGCACAUGUUCGCUAAGUGGUAUAACUUUUACAAAUGUAAAAAACAAUCAUGGCCAAUAAAAGUUAUAGCUCAGAGUACAGGAAACGAGAAUUUUUGAGUUAAUAUUUAUAAAUCUGCAGUAAGUAUUAGGAAAGGGAACAAAGUAAUAAAUUAUCAUGUAUACCAUAGUACAUGUGAAUAUUUCUAUAACUACACUCCAAAAAGGCUUUGCAAAUGCACUGAAAAUUAGCAUUCAUGCUUGUCUGCCACAUCAUGUGCAAAACUUCAAAUGUGGUGCUAACAUAAGAACAGCCAUACUGGGUCAGACCAAAGGUUCAUUUAGCCCAGGAUCCUGUCUUCAAACAGUGGUCAAUGCCAGAUGCCCCAAAGGAAGUGAACACAAUGCAAUCAUCACGUAAUUCUUCUCCUGUCAUCCAUUUCCAGCUUCUGACAAACAGAAGCUAGAGACACAUUCCUACCCAUGCUGGCUAAUAGCCAUCAAUUGAUCUGAACUGCCAUGAAUAUUAUUUGGUUCUUUUUUGAAUCUUGUUAAAGUCCUGGUCUUCAUAACAU